UAUAAAUAAUCAAGCCCCGACUAAGAACACAACUUUCACGCGGCUUUAGUGUCUGUAGCAUCGCUCCUUUCUGCUCUUAUUUUGCUACCUGGUUCUUUAUUAUCUUCCAAAGACGGCCUAGCGAUGUCUACGAACCAGGACGCCGAGGCGCGCGGCUUGCGGUCCGGAGGCCCCGUCUUCUCGGACCUUGACGCCGGAGACCCCGACCAGGAAACCACGGAGAUGGAGUCGUUGUGCAUGCGGUGCUACGAUAACGGAGUGACACGGCUGCUCUUCACGCGCAUCCCGUUCUUCAGGGAGGUGGUGCUGAGCUCGUUCUCGUGCGAACACUGCGGAUUCGCCAACAGCGAGAUCCUGUCAGCGGGACGCGUGCAGGAGAAGGGAGUACGCUACGAGCUCAGCGUGCGGAGCCCCAAGGACCUGGACCGCGAAGUGGUGAAGGCCGGCAGUGCAACCACGCUCAUCCCCGAGCUCGACUUUGAGAUCCCGGCCUUCACACAGAAAGGAGCUCUCUCCACCAUCGAGGGCCUCAUCGAUCGCGCUGUCGCCGGCCUGGAGCAGGACCAACCUGAACGCAUGACGCAAGACCCGCAGGCGGCGGAGAAAAUCGACGCGUUCGUCGCCAAGCUGAAGAAGCUCAAGGAGCUGCAGUCGCCGUUCACGCUGGUAAUCGAUGACCCUUCGGGGAACAGCUUUGUGGAGAACCCGAGCGCGCCACAGCGCGACGAGGGCCUGCACACCUCGCACUACGAGCGCAGCCGUGCGCAGGACGUCGCGCUCGGCCUGAAGGCAGAUGAUGAUGAAGGUGACGAAGACCAAAAGGUUGACGUGACGACCACACAAGAGGUGAUAACCAAGCCUGAAGAGGACAGAGAGGGUAACGAAGACCUCAGGAACGAGGUCCUCAAGUUUUCCACAAACUGCCCCGAGUGCAACGCGCCGGCAUCGACCAACAUGAAGCUCAUCCAAAUCCCUCACUUCAAGGAAGUCAUCAUUAUGGCCACCAACUGCGAUGUGUGCGGACACCGGACUAACGAGGUAAAGUCAGGAGGAGCCAUCGAGCCACUGGGGACGAGAAUCACGCUCAGGGUGACCGACCCCUCCGACAUGACCCGCGAUCUGCUCAAGUCCGAAACCUGCGCGGUUCGAAUCCCGGAGCUGGAGUUUGAGCUGGGCAUGGGAGCUCUGGGCGGCAAGUUCACCACCCUCGAGGGGCUGCUCUCCGACAUCAGGGACCUGAUUGUUGCCAAAAACCCGUUCUUGUCUGGCGACAGCUCCACUCCGAACAGGAAUAAGAAGAUACAGGAGUUUGGACGGAAGUUGGAGGAGAUCCAGGCAGGGAGGAUGGUGGUGCACGUGGUUCUUGAUGACUCCGCUGGGAACAGCUACCUCCAGAACGUCUACGCGCCCGAGCCGGACCCGGAGAUGACCGUGGAACGAUAUGAGCGGAGCUACGACCAAAACGACGACCUGGGCAUCAACGACAUGCGCGUUGAGAACUACGGUGAGGAGGAGGAGGAGGGCGGUGACGGCGGCACGGAGGGAAGCGGCAGUGGCACGACCAACAGUGCCGAGCGGAGCGACUCUGAGCGCAAGGCUGUGCCCGGAGACCCCACACUCGCCACUCUGUCUUAACACGCGUCCACUGCUCUCCUGUUGUUGCCUUCCCAAUGACACCUUUACUGCUACAAGCACAUCCGUGGCAACGUGGCGCCAUCACAACGCAGGUGGCUUUCCGCUGGCUAUAUCCUGUGCCAAGCCAGAACCAACCCGUGAUAUGCUGGCCUAGCAAAGCAUCUCAAUCUGGCUUGGGGCCCGGGCAGGCCUAAUAAUGCAUCCAUUGCGUGUGGCAUCAGUAUACAACUGAAAUACAGCGUCGCCGUGUCAUCCGCGUGAGUCUCGACUCGUUCAUUGUGUGUGGCGUUUGCGACACGGGUUGGCUUUCGCAGUGGAAUAACUAACUGAUGUGAUGUAAAUAGUAAUUUAAGUAACGCAAAAUCGUGCUGAAAGCGCUGUGGUCAUUUAAGUUUGUUUUUAGGUCACGCUCAUAAGCAGUCGAAUGAUAAAUGUUUGUUCUUGAGUUUGUUCUGCAGAGCGUUCCACACGACAGGGCCCGCAUUGCGUUUGUAUUCGGGCUCGCGUCACAACAAGAUGCACCCCACCACAAGCAGCAGAUCUCGCUCGUUGCCGUUGGUCGUUGGCGGGAGUUUAUUGGCCCCGACAAACCGAGGCGGCAUGCCCUGGGUCCGCCUCCAGGCUGGCUCGGCUCGCCAUGGCCCAGGUGCGACUCUGUUGUGCAGUGGAAAAUGGAGACCCACACAUGGGGUGGCUGCCCCACGGCAACCUCGGGAACUACCGGCUGGAGCUGAAUCUUGAGAACCGCGUGAUGGAAUUUGAUCAGUCCCGUGAUGUCUGUGCAAGGAUGGAGUAGACUGGGUGUUGGGGGAGUUUAUUGGGAAAUUCAACUGUACUCUGACAUAGGGUAAUCUCGCAACAUUUUUUUAUUUUGCGAGAUUACUCCCAAACACACCGGUGGUGCUGAAGCAGUAAUUAUUUGGCACGUUUGUUACGUAACACAUUUAUUAAUUGGCUGUGUCUGGGUGCAGGAGGCUUUCCAAACAUGCAUUUCAUUUACUCAAACCUAACCCAAAAGAAACCAAUUAUGAAUCGUUAUUGGUCGUCAAAGCCUACCUAUAAAAUAGGGAGAGGAUUAGCGUCUAUCUAGCGCUGGCCUUAUUGUCAGCGUUAUAUUAAGACAUUUUCGAGAGGAUUAUUUUGAUGGACAGGUUUAUGGAUCCGAAAGCGGCCCUGGUGGAAGAGUUGGGAGGGGGGAGUGAUUUAAUGAGUAUCUGGAUGGAUGAGUGGUUGCGUGAGUGGGUGGAUAUGAACCAAUUGCUUACACUCAACUUGCUCAUCUCUCUAAUGUAUGUUUCGAUUUAAAGCUUUCAUGACUGCAGGGAUUCAUCUUCUUGGUUCUUUCGGUAAAGUCACGUAGAAGGGAAAUAAUAAAAUAAUAAAAAUAAAACAAUACAAUUCUCACGACGUUUCGGCCACAACGCAAGCAGCCGUCCUCAGGUGAAGAACCAAGAAGACGAAUCUCUAAUGUAGUUGUAUAAAACUCGCCAAAACUUUCCUGCACAUGCACAUCGAUAUGGAUAUCGUACUUUAGGAAAUGUGCGUCUCAUGACUCCUGUAGUUCAACUAUUUAUUAGUUAAAAUCGCCAUGCAAGAACAAUACAAUUACGCUCUGAUAUAUAAAAAAAACAAUCGACAUGAAUGCAAAUUGCCUUAAAAAUGUUUGUGAAUUGUCCAAAAGCUCUUGAAUAAAUAUCCUGCGCCACGGCAAAUGGUUGUUUGUGAUGCAUUUGUUUCCUGCCGACAACGGAGAGUUCUGUCCAAGCCGUGGCCUCGACUGGGGAGUUCGCGGUGGCAGAAGUGGCAGCGAGACGCGUCAUUGACUCGGCGGCCCUUCAGUGUCCAUCGCCACGCAACUCGUUCGUUCUCAAGCGAAGGGCUCUUAGU